AUGGGGGACAAUGAUUGUAACUUCGUAAAAGAGGAUGACAUCACUAACUCAAGUAUAAUUGUCCUAGUAAUCUUAGUAUGUGAGGCUUUUGUCGGGAUGUGGAUAAAUUCUUUCAUUAUGGCUGUGAAUUGUGUUGAAUGUGUCAAGCAGAGGUGCCUGUCUUCAACUGAUAAUAUCUUGGCUGUCCUGGCAUUCUCAAGAUUUUGCUUCUUGCUCAAAACAACUUUACAGACUUUUUGCUCAACAUUUUACCCAGAGAUCUAUUACCUGCACUCCGUGUUCCAAGCAUUCAGAGCGGUCACCUGGUUUUUGAACUCGUCCAAUCAAUGGUUCGCUGCCUGCUUGUGUGUAUUUUACUGUGUGAAAAUUGCAAACUUCAGCCACCCCCUCUUCAUCUGGCUAAAAUUUAAAAUCUCCAGGCUGGUGCCAUGGUUGCUCCUGGGAUCUGUGCUUUUCUCCUUGUUCAGCAGCCUCCCUUUCCUUAAUGCUAUUUACAAAAUAGAGUGUAAUGAUUUCAAUUCCAGCCUCAAAAGACAUUAUAAUGCGAAAAAUGUCACAGUGGAAACAUCUGUGUCUCAAGUACUUUCUAUCUGUGGCACUGGAUUUUCCAUGGCGUUCACCAUAUUUAUCAUUUCAGCCUCUCUGUUGUUGUUCUCUCUCUGGAGACACACACAACAGAUGCAAAACAACUCAAGUAGUUUCAGGAGCCCCUGCAUGGAGGCCCACAUUCAAGCAAUGAAAACUAUCGUGUCUUUCUUCCUCAUCAAUAUUGUUAACUUUAUAGCUUUGCUGACCUUGUUGACGAAUAUAUAUCAAGAAACAUCUACUGCCAGCAUUGCUUGUACAAUCAUUGUAGAUGCUUGUCCAUCAGUACAUUCCACUAUCUUGAUUCUGAGCAAUCCCAAACUGAAAAAAACAUUGAUUAAAGUUCUGCAUUAUGCAAAGUGCAAGAGAUGA